AAAGAGAGGGAAACCAAAACCCCAAAACCCUAAAAAAUACUCGAAGCAGAGUCACCUACUCUGCUCUUCUUCUCCUUCCUUUACGUCUUCUUCCGCUAAAACCCUACUUAUACAUCAAUGGAAUAGCAUAUUCUCAUCUAUUAUUUCACUUUCCCACUGCAUUUCUUUCCCUUUUUUUAUUAUUAUUUUGUUCCUUUCAGUUCUAGGGAAGUCCUUCGCUGCCUUCCAUGGCGAGGUUCCUGCGAAGUAUUUCUAGUCUUAAACGCUCUGUAGUAUCCCCAGAGGUCUUUAGGGGUGGUGCAAUGGGGGCAUCUUCCCAGUUUCGCAACUUUUCUUCCAAAGGUAGAAGGAAAUCGAAAUCUGAUGAAAGUGACUCCAGUGAUGAGAAUAUGUCUAAGAAAGACCUGGCACUAAAACAGGCUUUGGAUCAGAUUACUAGUUCAUUUGGAAAGGGAUCUAUCAUGUGGCUUGGUCGAUCUGUUUCUCCCAAAAAUGUUCCUGUGAUUUCCACCGGUUCUUUUAUGUUGGAUAUGGCACUAGGAACUGGUGGACUUCCGAAGGGGCGUGUUGUGGAAAUAUUUGGACCAGAGGCUUCAGGGAAAACAACUCUUGCUCUACAUGUUAUUGCUGAAGCACAGAAACAAGGAGGUUAUUGUGUUUUUGUUGAUGCUGAGCAUGCUCUGGAUCCAGCUUUAGCUGAAGCUAUUGGGGUAAACACAGAGAAUUUGCUUCUUUCACAACCAGACUGUGGUGAACAAGCUCUUAGUCUUGUGGAUACCCUAAUUCGGAGUGGAUCUGUUGAUGUCGUUGUUGUUGACAGUGUGGCUGCACUCGUGCCUAAAGGUGAGCUUGAUGGUGAGAUGGGCGAUGCUCACAUGGCAAUGCAAGCUAGACUAAUGAGUCAGGCACUUCGCAAAUUGAGCCAUUCUUUAUCAUUGUCUCAAACUACUCUAAUUUUUAUAAAUCAGGUGCGGGCAAAACUUUCUACAUUUGGAUUUGGUGGGCCAACUGAAGUUACUUGUGGUGGUAAUGCCUUGAAGUUCUAUGCUUCAGUGCGGUUAAAUGUUAGGAGAACAGGGCUUGUCAAGAAGGGAGAAGAGACUAUUGGAAGUCAAGUUCAGGUAAAGGUUGUUAAGAACAAGCUUGCCCCUCCUUUUAAAACUGCCCAAUUUGAACUUCAGUUUGGAAAGGGAAUAUCUAGGGAAGCUGAAAUCAUAGAUUUAGCUGUGAAACACAAAUUUAUUACCAAGUCUGGUUCGUUCCUUUGUUUCAAUGGUAAAAAUAUCCAAGGCAGGGAAGCCUUUAAAAAAUUUCUGGCUGAAAAUGAUAGUGCAUGUGAAGAACUACUGAUGAAACUUAGAGAAAAGCUACUUGAAGCUGAGGGACAGAAGGAACCAAAGACAAAUGCAUCUGAUGGAGAACCUGCAGAUGAAAUAGUCCCACCUGACCACACUAAUGAAGAAGCAGUCGCUGCAGUUGAAGCAUAGGGGUAAGUAAGAACCACCUCACACAUUGUGGGGUUUCCUUCUGAUAAUUUUCUUCAACUGUUAGCUCCAUGUUUGAGCAGCAGCCUUGACAGUAUGAUAUGAAGUCCCCUUUCACUUAUUAUCACAUUAUACCAUUUCAUUAUGGUCAAAAUCAGGGCUCAAAAUGAUGGCAUUGGUGUAUAUGGGUCGGAUGGUGCGUUGCAAAAUUUUAUUCACUCGAGGAAGAAUACAGGGUUUGUUCAAAUCUCCAAUCCUGCUGUCUUCCUGUCUGCUUACUGUCCAACCACAUUUUGUACUUUAAGGAGGCCAGAUUUCAGUAUGAAGGCAAAAUUCCAAAAAAUGUAGCCUACAUCUAUUCUUUCUGUUACCAAGAACAUGGAAAGAAAACGUUUUUAUUAAU